AUGUCUAAGGAUCCCUCCAGGAUCUCUGGCCCCAUCCCUCCAGACCCUGCUGUGCUUCCAGCCUGCUUCAGGCAUCCCUGCUCUGCUCGAGGCAGGCUGGAAGGGAAUUCUCAGAAGCUGGAGUUUGCCUCUGGCCCCCUGACCCCUGCUGGCAGCUCCCCCCCUGCUCCAGGCAGUGCCCGCCCGGUGCCCACAGCCCCUGGGGUCCGCCCCAGCGGGAGGCACUGCCUGCAGAGGGGACAGAAGGGGACCCUCAGCCUCCUGCUGCAGCUCCAGGGCAUCUCCCUUGAGGGGCACCUGCCAGCCAGGAGGCAGGAGGCCAAGGACCACAAGCAGGAGAACAGGAGGAGGCUGAAGGAGAUUCAGAGGCAGUGCAAGGAGAAGCAGCGAGCCCAGGGGCAGGGCCAGCCCACACCUGUGAGAGCCCUCUGGAGAUCCCAGAGGUAUGAGAAGGUGGAGUCCAAGGUGAAGGCCAAGCUGCAGGAGUGCUGCCCACCUCCCAACCCAGAGGCUCUGAACUUCCUGAGGGCCUAUUCUGGCUGUGGCCCUGGCAUCAAGCCCUGCAAGUCACUGUCCCCACGGCCUUCCAGAGCCAAAGCAGCAGCAGCAGACACAGAGGCUGCAGAGGCAGCAGCUGCAGGGACCAAGCUGCCUGUGGAGGGCAGGAGCAUCGACUUCAUCAGGCACAAUGCCCUCAAUGCCAAGCGGGCACCGCUGCGGCGCUCCCAGUCCCUGCAGGCCCUGGCAGAGCUGCUGGAGCAGAGGCAGCAGGAGCAGGAGGACUACAACAGGCAGCAGAAGGGCCACGUGCCCCAGUACCUGCUGCAGAGGAAGGAGCUGUGGCGCAGGCAGCGAGAGGAGCAGCUGAGGAGCCUGCCAGACCCGGACACACCAGCUGGACACAGCAGGAUGCCUGAGGGCCAGCGUCUGGAGACCCUCAGCAACCUGAAGCAGAGCCAGGAGCAGCUGAUAAGGGACCUGGUGAUGCUGCCAGUGCGUGCAGACACCCUCAGCAUGCAGAAGAGGAAGGUGGAGCUGGAGAGGAAGCUCUCCCAGCUGGAGGAGGCCAUCAAGAUCUUCUCAAGGCCCAAGGUUUUCAUCAAGCUGGACUCCUGAGCUGUUGGGAGCUCUGCAGG